UUGGGAAAUAAACAUGACCCAUUUUGAUAACAUUGACAAAAAUACAAUAAAAUAGGUCAAUCAUGGCACAAAAAGAAGUGCAACAAAAUAACCUACAGCACAUGUAAGAUCAAUGACCCCGAAAAGACACAAGUUAAAACAGGUUUUCGUCAAAGAAAAAAUAUUUCUUGUAAGAGAAAAAUAACUGACGACAAGAAAUUCUUCUAAAAGUGAACUUGAAUUACAUUACAAUAAAGAAGGAAGUCACUAGAGAAACAGAGCAAUGAUAGUGCAAGUAAAAUAAAACAGACUAAGGAAGUACUGAAGAAGGAUAUAUUUUUGCAGGUAAUUGAAUGACUUUAAUAAUGAAAUAAGACAUUUCACAAAGUUAGAAUAAUUCUGAUGAAUAAAAUAUAACAGAAAAAUUAUGAAAGACAACAAAAAAUGUAGUUGGAAGUUUAGAACCAGCAAUUAGUCGAGCCAUUAAUUAAAAUAAAUAAGAAUAAAAAUCUUAAAACCGGUAACUGUAUUACAUUUUACUUGGCCUUUACGCAGUUGUUCACUUCUCAAAAGUUGAUUAUUUCACAUUUUCAAAUGAGUAACCAACAAUUUUAGGUGACACUCCUGUUAAAUAUAUACAUUUACACCUUAUGAAAUAAACUUUGUUUUUCAUUUGUUUGUCCUGCAGUGUAAGUCUAAAAGGAACAGCUGCUAGAAUUGCCACAUUGUAAAGGUUUGUUCAUUAAAGCCAACAUGGGAUGGUGAGACUGGGCUCCGGUUGCCUGAGCAACGGAAGAAAGCGGAGACCCAAGAGCGGGGACUACCCCGGGAAAAGUGACGUCACUAAGCGGCACCGCUCUCCAUGGAGCAUCGAGCACGGUGAGAAGUUUAUACACAAAAGCCCUGAAGACUGACGCACAGGUAGACAUGGUGUCAUUUAGAAAGGACGAUUCAGUUUGCGAUACAUUUUGUAAAAGAAGACUCACGCCGCCUCGGCAGACUGCUCGGCACAGAAAGCAGAGACUUGUGUCCAAACUGGGUGACUCUGGAUUCGAGGACGAUCUGGUUUCCUCUCCCAUUCCGCCCCGUUGUCGGAUGAAUGCAUUCCAACUGGAGUCAGAAGAACCAGAGUCCGCUGAUGGACAGCUGUCCCACUGGUACCUUCAGUACGGAGACGUCGGUUUCAGGAUCCAAAGGGAGAAAGAGUCGCAGUUUCAUCCCUGCCAAAGCCUGGCACGUCAACCACAACUGACUGCAGAUGCACGCUGUAAGCUGGUGAGCUGGCUCAUCCCCGUCCAUAAACACUUCCGUCUGUCCUUCGAGUGCUGCUGUCUGACAGUGAACAUCAUGGACAGGUUCCUGGCGUCCACUCCAGUGGCCACAGACUGCUUCCAGCUCCUGGGUGUCACUGCACUCCUCUUAGCCAGUAAACAGGUGGAGGUGCGCUCUCCAUCGGUCAGCUAUCUCUUGUCUCUGUGCUGUGAUACUUUCACCAAGGAGCAGUUCUGCAACCUGGAGUGCCUCGUCCUGCUCCGCCUUAACUUUCGCCUCGCCUCGCCCACCCUGGCCUUCUUCCUGGAUUACUUCAGCAAUCUCGUCAAGGCUGCCCAGUUUGUGAUUGAGAACAACAGCAGUGACGGGUUUUCAGGAGUGGGUUCAGAGAUAGCAAAGAUCAGAAAGUGCAGUGAGCUUGCACAAAAAGUAUGUGAGUUGACUCUAGCAGACUAUGCUUUCAAUAAAUACCCACCAUCUCUGAUUGCUUGCUGUGCCCUGAGACUUGCAUGUGAAUUACUGAGAACCGAACACUGCUUUGCAGAUCAGGCAGUCGUAGAGUUGGUGGAAAACCCAUGGGAAUGUUUCAGAGGAGACCAAUGUAUGCAGCCGGUUUGUAUCCAGUCAUGUGAAAGCUCUACCUUUAGUCCUGGGCAGUGUUUGACAGUGGAGGCGACUCCAGAUCAGGACUGCAGUCUGGUGCAGGAAUGCAAAGACAACCUAAAGAUGUUGGUGUCACUGAAUCAGGAGACUCUAAAAGUGAUGCCAUUAAAAUAAAACAUCAUCUUAGAAGAUUAAAAAAGCUGGUUUCUAAUUUUUUCUUCUUAGUCUAUGCGUUUGGGAAGCAAUGCAUGAUGAUGACUUGUUUUUGUAGAUGUGAGCUGCAUAAAUCCCUCAUGAACAGUCAUAUGUUUGCAACCGCUAAAGGUUUACUUGGUAUUAUAUUUUAUUUAUUUGUGUUUCUACUUACACUUUUCUGUAAUCUCUUUAAUGAAGGAUU